UAAUUGAUCACUCGCGGAACAAACUCGUUCGCCCAGAGAUCACUUUGGGGGUUUGGGGGAGUUCGAAAACCACACCGUCACCUCUUCCCCUCUCGACCUCGUGGUCCUCCUAAUACCUACCUCCCUCCAACAACGCCUCAAUCACCUCCCGCCACAAGAGACACAAAAAAUACACACACAAUGUGCCGCCUCGUGCUCUUCGCGGGCACCUGCACCCGCUGCAACGAAUCCCUCACCUGGGCCGACCUCUCCCAGCAGCUCUCAUGCCUCGAGGCCAAGAACGCCGACAAGUUCGGCUCGUGUCGGCGUGGUGUCGACGUCGAGACACACGCCUUUGACCAGGAAUGCGACGCCUGCGCCGGCGAGGACGAAGGCGUUGCCGGUAUGGACUUUGGUGAGCAGGAUUUUCAGCAGUAUCAUCAUCAAUAUCAACAGUAUCAGCAAUACCAACACCCGUCUUCAACAGCAGCAGUAGCAGGAUCAUCAUCAUCAGCGUCAAUACCACAACCCGGCUCGAGCAAGAGGGGCCGGGACGAAGGGGAGAGUAGGAAGAAGAAGAAGGCGAGGACGUGAGGCCGAGAUGCCUCCGAUAAUGAUGGAGUUAUGACACGGUUCGAACUUUGGGGAAGGUGUUUAUCCAUCCUUCCUCUGCACUCUCUCUCUCUCUCUCUCUCUCU